AUGGACACAAGUUACAUUCUCCUCUUUGCUCAGCUUUCACUUUUCAUUCUGCUUCAUAACCAUACUUCACUUGCUAAUAUUAGCACCGAUGAAGCUUCUCUUCUUGCAUUUAAAUCACAUAUUUCUUCUCAUCCUAACAAUAUCUUAGCAAGCAACUGGUCUUCUUCCGGCCCGAGCAAUUUUCUCCAAGGAGAGAUCCCUCGGGAACUCGGUCAUCUUCAUUACCUGAGUAUCCUAGACCUGCAAUAUAAUGGACUUACAGGCUCUAUACCAUCAUCAAUCUUUAACAUUACUACGAUGGAAACCAUUGCUCUUACUGGCUUUACCUCUAAAAAGAACUCCUUAGAUGGAGUUAUUCCACCAAACCUUGAGAAAUGCCGAAAACUUCAAAUAUUGUCAUUGUCUUACAAUGAGUUUAUUGGAAUUGUACCAAGAGAGCUGGCCAACUUAAUAGCUCUUACAGAAUUAUAUCUCGGAGAUCUGUAUUUGGAAGGAGAGAUACCAAUGGAGCUAGAUUCUGUCCCUGAAAGCAAUUUUCAACAUGUCAGCACUGCAGAUGAUAGAUUUUGCACUAAACAAGUUUUCAGACUACGAAUAUUUGAACUCUCAUACAACAGUUUCACAGGUCCAAUUCCUAAAUCACUUGGUAACUUAGAAUAUCUUGAGAACUUAGAGAUGAAUAAUUUUAUCAGUGAUUCAUCAUUGAGCUUCCUUACAUCAUUAACAAACUGUAGGAAACUAAGAUCACUCUGGUUUAAUGAGAAUGCAUUGGAUGGGGAUUUAUCAGCGUCUGCUGGUAAUUUCUCAAACUCUCUGCGAAAUUUUCAAGGAAAUGGAUGUAAGCUCCAAGAAUUUUAUCUACAUAGCAACGAGAUUAAAGGUACCAUACCAAAUGUUAUAUGCAGUUUAAAGAAUCUUGGUGCAUUAGACUUGUCAGGAAAUCAUUUUUCUAGUUUAGUGUCCUCAUGCAUAGGGAAUGUUACGAGUUUGAGGUAUCUUAAUCUAGCUUACAACAGGCUGAAUUUAAGAUUACCUACAAGCUUAGGGGACCUUCAUGAUCUCAUAGAAUUCAAUGUUUCAUCCAAUUCAUUAAGUGAUCAUAUUCCUCUGGAGUUGGGAAAUUUAAAGGCAGUAACACUAAUUGAUUUGUCAAAAAAUGAUUUUUCUGGUAAAAUUCCUAGCACUUUAGGAGGUCUAGCUGAAUUGAUUAAUCUUCCUCUAGCACAUAAUAGAUUAGAGGGGCCUAUUCCAGAUUCAUUUGGCAAAUUGUUGGCAUUGGAAUUCUUGGAUUUGUCCUAUAACAAUUUUAGUGGUGAAAUUCCAAAGUCAUUAGAAGCUCUUGUGUAUCUCAAAUACAUUAAUUUCUCAUUCAAUAAACUCAGUGGAGAAAUUCCCAUUGGCGGUCCUUUUGCAAAUGUCACUAGUCAAUCCUUCUUGUCCAAUGAUGCACUCUGUGGUGACUCCCGUUGGCUAUGUGGUGUUAAGAUUGAGAAAGACAAAGAGAAUGCAAGUCAAGCAGAUGUGUGUCUGGUAAAAGAACAUGAAAGAAUUUCCUAUUAUGAACUUGAACAUGCAACAGAAGGAUUCGACGAAAGCAACUUGCUUGGUACAGGGAGUUUUAGUAUGGUCUACCAAGGGAUACUUAAGGAUGGUACUCUUUUGGCAGUAUAG